CUAACGUAUGGAAGGAUAUACGCAAGCGCGAAGAGAUCGGAGCCGAGUUAGCAAAGAAGCAAUUGGGGAUUGGUACAUGAGCGCGCGGAAUGAUCACGUGGGGCGUCGUCGGCCGGCGCGGGGGACGCUGGAAGCCAAGAUGGCGGCGGAGUUAGUGGAGGCGAAGAACAUGGUAAUGAGUUUCCGAGUGUCAGAUUUGCAAAUGCUCCUAGGAUUUGUUGGGCGCAGUAAAAGUGGCUUGAAGCACGAACUGGUCACACGGGCUUUGCAGCUGGUACAGUUUGAUUGCAGUCCUGAGGUUUUCAAGAAAAUUAAAGAGCUUUAUGAGACUCGCUAUGCAAAGAAAGGCACAGAGGCAAUCUCCCAAGCUCCACCCCAGUCAAUUACAUCACAUCGUCCAUCUGAAUCUUUGUCUAUUCACCCAUCGUAUGACCAUGCAGUCUCUGGACCCAGGACUUCUCUUUCUACACCUAAUAUAGACUACCCUUCUUUGUAUGGGAAACAUGUUAAUGGGCUCUCUAGGUUGCCUCCAAAAGUUACCACGCCUGAGGUGAGACUGGUCAAGUUGCCUUUCUAUGAUGUGGUGGAUGAACUCUUAAAGCCAACUGAGCUGGUGGCUCAGAACAAUGAAAAGUUGCAAGACAGUCCAUGUGUGUUUGUCCUGUCCCCAAGGCAAGUGGACAUGAUCAAGAACUCCAGGGAUUUACACCCUGGAACCAAAUCUGUUCAAGUGGUCCUGAGGAUUUGUUACACAGACACAAGCUGUCCACAGGAAGAUCAAUAUCCUCCCAAUAUUGCUGUGAAGGUGAAUCAUAAUUACUGCUCUGUUCCGGGAUACUACCCUUCAAAUAAACCUGGUGUGGAACCUAAGAGACCAUGUCGUCCUAUUAACCUGACAAACCUGAUGUAUCUGUCAUCUGCCAGCAACAGAGUGACAGUCACUUGGGGGAAUUAUGGCAAGACUUAUUCUGUGGGUUUAUACUUAGUAAGACAAAGAACUUCUUCCGAGCUAUUACAGAGAUUGAAAACCAUUGGUGUAAAACAUCCAGAGCUCUGCAAAACCCUUGUGAGAGAGAAGUUACGCCUUGAUCCUGACAGUGAAAUUGCAACAACUGGGGUCAGAGUGUCUCUUAUCUGUCCGCUGGUAAAGAUGCGGUUAACUGUACCGUGCCGAGCUGAGACUUGUGCUCAUCUUCAGUGUUUUGAUGCAGUCUUUUACCUGCAAAUGAAUGAAAAGAAGCCAACCUGGACAUGUCCUGUGUGUGACAAACCUGCCCUUUAUGAUCAGCUUAUCAUUGAUGGGCUUUUGUCCAAAAUUCUCAGUGAGUGCAAGGAUGCGGAUGAGAUAGAGUUCCUUGCAGAUGGAUCCUGGUGUCCAAUUAAAGCAGAAAAGGAAAGAAGUAGUAGUCCUGUGUGUCCAAUCCUUGUGUUGGGCUCUCAAGACAUGAUGGCAAAGCUUCCACCACCAAGCAGCACAGUGUCAAGUGAAAAUGGAAAGCCUGGUCUUGAUGUGGUGGAUCUGACUUUAGACAGCAGUUCGUCUUCAUCCUCCUCCUCUGACGAAGACGAAGAAGAGGAGGAGGAGGAACGACCACCGCAGAAGAGACGAUGCUUUGAGAAAGGACUCUUAUCAGCUUGUUGACUUUUAGCUGUGUUCAAUCAGACUUACAUCUAUGAACAGUAGAGAUAUGAAUCGGAUGUGGAGUCCUUUCUUACCAAAAGCUUUAUGCAUCACUACUUUCACCAUGCCUCCCCAUAUGUUGAACCCCACAAGACCUGUAGUGACACUCUAUGCAGCUGUGAAGGGAUUAAUUUAGCCUUUUAUUUCCUUAACCUUCUUAGGUUUGGUUUUCAUAGAUGGACAAGGAGGCAAACCGAAAACAUUUUUGGCCAUUUACUACCAACUUUCCUCCUUUUGCUGCUACUGAUGAGUAGAUCAUAUUUACGUUUCUUUUGUUAGCUACUUGGUGCAAUCUGGCUCUGGGGUUUGAACUGUACAAAAUGCCUGACCAAUGACGAGAGCAUUGGGUUAGGUGAUUGUGUUUGGGAAAGUGGGGUCAUAGAAAUGUAUCGAGCUGUAAAUAUUUAAACACAAAUAGGAGGAUUGAUGACAUCUUCAUUAAGAACUAGGAGGUUCUGAAGCAGUUAAUAUAGUCUCUCUUCUGCAGGAGAGCAACAAUGGUUCCUAUUUUAUCCCAUAUUCUUUUUAGUGAUAUGCAAAAAGCGGGUUGUGUCUUUAGGAGCUGUGCAGGGUUGGGGAGGGUUUAUGCCAUGCUUUCAAUCCAACUACCUCUAUGCUAUUCAGGUUUUGUUUCUCUGCGCAGUUAUGUGGAAUGGGGUUAAUGCUGCUCUGGACACUUUCUUCCUCCUCUGCAUCUUCUGCUUUUGUAUUCUUCAUCGGCUUCUUUCUCUUAAUACAAGAUCCUCAAAGCUGCUUCCCCUUACAAUAAUCAUAUUCUUUAGUUGAAUUAUUCAUUGAAAUUUCUAACUUCACCUGCAAGAGAUGCCCUUUCUCUUUUCCAUGCACUUACAAGAGGAUCAUCAAAUCUUUCUUUAUCAUGAAUGUACCCUGUACCAUCAUGCACCAUACUGAUGUUGGUCUUUCCUGCUGUUGAGAGCCUACUGGUGUUUUAAAGGGGUACUAUACACCGUUGUUAAACAUGCCUUUGGUGUAUACGAUUUGUGCUGACCAAUUAUUUAAUUUUUUUUGCCUAUUAUUUUAAUUAAAAAAUCUAUAGUUUCUGGUUAUUUCUUGCACUAAACAGGGCACAACUUGGAACUGUACUUUGAUUACUCAGCUUCCUGGUUCUUUAAAAAAAAAUUUGGGAAGAGGCAAUUGUUUUGAAUUUUCCAGUUUAAACGCCUACGUAAUGAACUCCUUUUAACCCGAGAAACCUGCUACAAUUGGAGUAAGAUAGGAGGCUUGUUUAUACAGUAUAUUAAGUCUAUUUACGCAAACUCUCCUGAUUUCAGGGGAGGUACUAAGACUAAAAACAAUGAAGAAUUGCUGCUGUAUAAUAUUUUUUAAAGGAUUUUUUUAAAUUAAAAGAAUAGGCAGAACACCUUUGUUUGCGACUUGUGUUAAAAAUGUAAAUAUAAAUAUAGCUGUAUAAUACCCCUUUAAUGAAACAUCCAGCAUCAGCACUGAGUAUUUUGGAUUUAUUACGUCUUGGGUUACAAGCAGAAAAUAAUAUGUUUUAAUAUGUAGAGGCUGCAGCCUCUUCAACUUACCUUGCUUCACCAAGGAACCACACACUGUUUUAACAGUUCUGUUGACAUUAUAAAGAUCUUGACACUGUUGGUUCAGGAUCAGCCACUAUUUGUGGCACAUUCACAAUUUAUUUUAUUUCUCCUUGUUCUAAUUUAAUUGUUUUAAAAGCUUCCUGAUCAUUUUCUAAUCUGUGAAAGUUUUUGUUUAUAUGAAAGUUUUGUUUUUCUUUUUCUUUCCUGUUUGUUUUUUUUUUUGUAUGAAAAAAGGCUUUUGCAAAAAAACAUCCUGUAGGUUUUUUUUUCUCCCUCUUAUCGAUUACAUCCGCUCGAGUUAAAGAAAUAAAAAAAAACAACAACAAAAAAACUCAGAAAAGAUAGUGUU